AUGGAGGCGAUACAAAGCGUUUAUAUUUAUAAUAACGUUUCCAAUAAUCUAAACGGACUUGUAACUGUUUGCAAAGCAUUAAAUACACUUACUGGUUGUCUCCUCGAAAAUAACUUGAAUGUGGAUGUUUGCCUUAGUGCUCAAUGGCUCUUACAUAAUGACAAAGAUCCGGAGUUAGCUUAUCAGUAUGCAAUGUUAAUGAAACAGCUUAGAUGGCAAUGUGGAGCUGGAUUUUAUCUCGCAUUUGACAACUGGGACGGGUGUAUCAUAAAAACAUAUAGUCAAAAUAAAGCACUUUUUAAGUGUAUUGACAGUUUUCGAGCCAAUGCAAAUGAAGCGCCGGCAUCAGAUGUAUGUAAUUAUGCUGCAACUGGUCGAAGAUGUUAUCAACAACUGUUCUAUCAAACUUGUCCUGGUAUAGCUGCAGCUGCUUAUUAUGGUUGUGAAUCAUUUCGUCAAUAUGUAUUGGCUGAAUAUCCACAGUGUAUACAAUACUGUGAAGCUGCUUCAUUACUGGUAGCACAGGCUGCACCGUCAGCCACAAUUGGCUGUGAUUCAGUACAAUUGAACAGAUGUACUGCAGUUUUGGCACGACAGAUUGGACCACCUUUAGAGAGCAGUCUCGUUUGGUUGGACCCGACAUAUUUUAACGACAUUUUAGAGCAAAAACUAGCCACUGGAGAUAUUUACAAAUUAUCAACUAUUUGCAAUGGGCUACAACUAUUCUAUUCUUGUCUGGGCAGAUAUAUGAAGCCAUGUAUAAGUGUCAAAGGCCUAAAUACAGCCAAACAAAUGGAUCCAUAUUCAGCGUAUGCAUAUAUCGGUUACCUCAACAUGUGGAGAUUCCAGUGUGGUGCUGGAUUCUAUGCGUUGGAAAAAACUGGAGCAUUUGACUGUGUGAAAAAUACGAUGGUCAAUCAAAUGGCGAAACUCAACGAAGCAGUUAGCACCUACAAAAACAAUGUGGAGCAUGAUCCAACACAUGCCUGCAAGUACUAUUUUGAAAUCGUUCUCGAGAAAGUUACAACAACUGCAUUCUGUUUUGGUACAGCUGCAGCUUUUAAUUAG